AAUGAUGGAAUUACAAAUAUUUCAACAAUUCAUCGAUGAACGAUUGGAAAUGCUUAAUACAGGUUUAGGAUUUUCGGAUGAGUUUGAAAUGGAAACUGUGCGUUAUGCUGAAAAAAUGAAGAAACGAAAUAGAAAUUUAGCUUUCAUUAGAACCGUUAAAGACAAGACUAAUCCUGCUGUUAAGUCUGCUGUAAAAUCGGUCAAAGAAGGCUCACGUGGCGUAAAAACAGCCUAUAAAGAUCUCAAAUCAAAGUUCCGUGAUAUUACACCGCCAAGUAAUCCACAUUUUCGUUCACAUUUGGCUUCAAAUUCUCAACACGAUCGCAUUGACGGCUACGUAGGUGGCAAAUCUGUAAUUGGUCAUCAUUCAGCACCAAGCUCUCCUAUAUUUAGCAAGCGUACGGUUGCCGGCUGUGGCAGUGGCAGCAAUUUACCGUCAAUAACUGCUGGUGGUUUUCAAUACGCCAGUCCUGAAGAAAUAAAUGGAGCCACACAAUCAAUGCGCAGGGCCAAUCCGUUGGCCAUGUCUAGCUCAAGUUCGCACAUACACUCGAACGGUCAUACGGGCAGUGCGAUUAAUACUUCUCAUCACCAUAAUCGGUUGGCUUCAUCUCCAACUGUUAGUCCGGCGAGUUCGCUCUGUUCGUCGGAGAUGAAUUUAUCUCAAGAACUGCAAAAUCAUCCGCUCUUUAAGUCACCAAUUGUGGAUCGUAGUCUUAAGCCAAGCAACAGCUUAGAGCUCAAUCAUCGCAUAUCAUCAUUACGUACUGGUGGAACACCACCAGCUAGACCACCACCACCAUCAGCUCAAGCGCUACAAUCAACAAUGCCCAAUCAUAAUGCAAUGCCGCAUUCAUAUUACAAUCAUCCUUACACAUCGCAGCUAGCGCAACGUCAACAGCAACAUCUACGACAGGAGCAACAACAACGACAACAAACUCCAUUGCAAUAUAUACUCGCACAUUCACAUAUUGAUACGAAACCACCCCAAAUGCCACGUUCACUGCCAACAGCACAAAAUCACACUCCAGUACACACCUCAACACCCAAUAAAAUCAUUACAACCGAUUCAAUAUUUGAUAAUCCUCCGGAUAUGCAAUCUCCACCAGUACCACCGAGGCGGCAAUGCAAUUAUAAUAGCAAUGUUAUAGCGACUACAGCUGCAGCUGUACAUGCAGGCAUACAUCGUCUCGAACGUAAUUGCUGGCAAGAUUAUGCGGAUCAUAGCUUAAUUGAACAAGAUGCAUUGCGUAGCUCAUCAUCCUCAAAUAAUUCCACAACAUCGUCAUCCGAUUCAAGUGCAUCAUUUGUGUCGGCUUCAUCAACAUUAUCUCAUCAGCAAUCGCCGAAUAAUAUUGCAAAAAUGCCAGUGCCAGCGCCAAGACUUAAAAAAGAAAAAGAGUCUAUUCGCUCUUUACAACCACAUAAUCGACAAGCAGCAAAUAGUUCACCUAUAUCAUCAACACAAACUGGAGACUCAAUGAAGGAUUUAAUAUCGCUGGACGAUAGCCGUAAUGCUAGUUUUGAUUUGGAAGAUUUUGAUCCACUUAAUCAAAAUGCACGACCAUUUCCAGUAUCGGCUGUCAAUAAUAAAAAAUCAACAACAUUGCCAGCAGGUGCAUCCGCAUCAAUGAUGACCACACUAAGCGUAAGCAAUCCAUUAUAUCCAUACUAUUUGCCUGAUUAUUCGAAACCACCAUUAAAGCCACCAACAGUAAAACCGCCACCGCUGCCAACAAGCUUGCCACCGCCCAUGCCACCACCGGAUGAAGACUUUGAACUAUUGCGGAAAUAUGGUUUAGAUCAAUUUACAUUGACGACAACGCCCAGCACUUCAAACACAAAUAAUACCAAUGGCACAGCUGCAUUUGCAACGGCCGGCAUGAGCAAUUGGACGACCUUUGAUUAAAUUCAAGGGUGUGAUUUUGAUACAAUUUUUAUACCAAAUUAAAAUAGUCAAUUAUAUUUGUAUUUAUUAUUUGCUGCUUAAGACAUAUUGGUUUACACUAAAUUGAAUGUACGAAUUUGUACGAAGAAGCAAUUAAAUAUCAAAGCGACAUAGCAUUUCAUUUAUAAAAAUAAUUUAC